AGAGCAUCAAACAAAGUGUCCCUCAUUCCUCAUUCAUGAUUUAUUUCUCCUGAAUACGACGCACCUUCCCCAUUCAAGAAUUACACCCAUUUUCUCUACCACUGUCGCUCCUUCCCUUUUUUUGAUCCGAUUCCCGGCAGCUCCUUCUCUCUUCUUCUGUUCAAUGCGGCUGGUCCCUUUGUUCUGAUUUUGACACCGUCUCCCAAACUGCCACCAUGGCACCCCGGAAGGACGGGGAUGUCGUCUUGACGUUCAAUGCGAAAUGGGUCUCCUGGGCUCACACCACCGCUGCGUACGCCGCUUUUGUGGGUGCGUUCGUUGUCGGCUGCUACUUGCACUAUCAUAAAAUCGUUCAGAAUGAGUGGUUUGGUUACCCUCAGGAAUGGUUUCCUUCCGUUUCUGCCACGAUCGGCGAUCGCUACCCGGAACGCUCAGUCUUCAUGGUCUUUAUUGCCAUCACCUCCGGCCCUCGAUUCCUCCUUGUUGGCUUGUGGUAUGUCCUUACGAGACGUCCAAACACCAAUCUACCCGGCAUUGUGGCAGGGGUUGGAAUAUUUAGAACGUUGACCUGCGGAGGAUGGACAUAUGUCACUUCGACGGAUGAUCACGAUUGGCAUGAUAUCUUCAUGAUCUCCUAUUUGGUCGCUACACUUCCUUGGACCUUGGGUUGCCUGUCUCUCAGCCCGCCUAAUCCUAAGGCGAUAAAGUAUCGCAAGAUUUUCGCUGGUUUGUUUUUUGGGACUCUAGUACCACUGGUCUACUUCUUCAUCCAGCACAAAGUCCACAGAGUUCCGGGUGCUUAUACGAUUUAUGCAUUCUUCGAAUGGUCACUUGUAUUAUUGGAUGUUGCUUUCGAUGCUGUUACAGCACUUGACUUUGAAACCUUUGAAUUGGUGGUGAGGGAUGUCAAGGGACUCAGCAGAGGUGAUGCCAAAUUACUCAAAGACGAUGCCAAAGAGAAAGCUCGAGAAUCAUCCUUUGUGCAGUCUUCGACAUUCGAUGGACCUUACUACUGGCCUGCCAUCCUCGACGCCGCUGCUGAUAUCUACUGCGGAUUCGUUUUCUGGUCUAUCCUGACAUCUUUGGGAGUCCUCGUAUGGUACUUUCCUCUUUGGCACAUGGGAAUUUCGGGUUACGAGGUCAUGAUCAUGACCACGCUUUCCCCAAUCCUUCUUGCAGUCCCUUUCCUCCGAUCCGCAAUCAUCCAGAAUAUUCGAUGGGUGCACCUGUCUUCCCUGGCCGGACUUCUGGCAUGGAAUGUUAAGAACCAGGCAAAUCGGCUCUUUACUGUGGGCUUUGCCGUCGGCGCCGGUUGUUUGACCUGGUCUGCUCUUUGGUAUGCUGAGCGACGAAACACACCGCGGUUGCAAGCUAGGAUUUUGGCCUUUGGCAUUGGGUUGAUUCUCUCUAGCAUUGCAAAAUUUGCCAACCAGACCAAUAAUCCCGUGUGGCCGAUUCUAAACUCGGAGAAUGGCGGAUGGAACAAGACAGGCUUCGUUCUGGCUGUAAUUGCGGUUUGGCGGGCCACUCGAGCGAGCGACGCCAGUGGCGGCGAUCUUCAAACGCCGAACUCGAAGAAGGGAUCCAGCGUCCUUGCUGCUUUUGGAUUUGGAGGACUCAUGUUUGCCUUGCACUCGCUAUUGUCGGAUUCAAGCACCAUGAUACUAUGGGUUUGGGAAGGAUACCCUGUUCAAGGCCCUCUGUCAGUGCCCCAUGGGGCAAUGACGAUCUUGGUCAUGAGUGUGGGUCUAUUCCUUGGGAUCGCCCUCCCCGGGGUUUUCGGGUCCUGGACAGCUUUUGGCGUGGGCUCUCUGGGUGCUGCCUUCCUGACGUACUACUCUAACUGGACUGGUUAUUAUGGUGCUCUUGUCUUGACCUUGUACGUCAUGGGCGUCGCCCCUGUUGUCAUCACCUCUGCCAUCCAGCACAAUCCGGCCACGACAUUUGGUCUGGGAUUCUUCGUUUACAAUUUCAUGGUCCUGUUCCACGUGUGGGUGGUGGCGUAUGCGUUUGUUCCCGGUGGACCACUCGUCAGGGAACGCACCGACUGGGUGAUGAUCACUACCAUGCUAUUGAUUGGGGCAGGAGUCUUUUCUGCCCUGAUUACGAACUCGGGACGAGCCUCUCGGGCGUCAAAAGGGCCCCAGGGUCGUCAAAAAACAGCAUAUUACAUGCACAUUCUUGUGGCUCUGCAAUUGCUCACGGCAUCGAUAGCAUACCUUCGAUUCCCCACGAAUGAUUAUCAGCCGUACCACAAGGACGAAAAAGUGCUCACCGCCGGAAUCUGGACGAUCCAUUUCUCACUGGACAAUGAUAUGUGGUCAUCUGAGAAACGGCAGGCGGCACUGAUCAGGGAGAUGGAACUCGACGUCAUCGGGCUAUUGGAAUCCGACACACAACGAAUCAUCAUGGGUAACCGAGAUCCAUCUCAAUACCUCGCUGAAGAACUUGGAAUGUAUGUGGACUAUGGCCCAGGUCCGAAUAAACACACGUGGGGUGCAGCCUUGCUUUCUAAAUAUCCCAUUAUCAACUCGACACACCAUCUACUGCCUUCGCCCGUGGGUGAGCUUGCACCAGCGAUCGAGGCAACGUUGGACGUUAGUGGGACACUCGUCGACGUGUUUGUUUUCCACUCUGGGCAGGAAGAAGACCCCGAGGACCGUCGGCUGCAGUCAGAAUACAUGGCGAGGAUCAUGAAAGCCAGUCCUCGUCCUGCAAUCCUGCUCAGUUACUUGGUGAUCAAGCCCAAGGAGGGCAACUACCACACAUAUGUUGGGGAAAAGAGUGGAAUGCACGACAUCGACAGUCGUGACUGGGAUCGAUGGUGCGAGUACAUUUUGUACAAGGACAUCAAGCGAGUGGGAUAUGCACGAGUGAGCCGAGGAACCAUCACCGAUACCGAACUUCAAGUGGGCAAGUUCGUGGUCGGUGAGCCAGCGUCUUACACUGACGAAAGAAUCCCUGAGGAACACGUGCGACCUGGUCGAAGAUUCCCUGCAAUGUUCCGUGGAGCAGGUGUUCGCGAGCAUAGAUAUCAUGUGUUUAAUGAGCCAUGGUAUUAUGCGUAGAUACUGCGAAGAAGAGAGAUGUAUGAAUAGGGGCAUUGGAAAGAAGUGAAAUGCGGCAGCCAUACAAGGUGAAGCCACAAAACAUGCACAUUAAUUUGGAUUCACGUCAUAUGGUUGCGAAGUACUAUACCUAGUAAAGGGCAAAUACAUAAUUGCCGGGUUCAGCUGUGGCUUUGCCAGCGCAGAACCAUUCUAGUAUUGCUUGAGGCAUAUAUUUCCUUAUCUCUUCCCAACCGUGGCCCGAGGGUGGUCUAGUCUUUUCACGGCGAUCAUGGUCGAGAUUGAGCC